AUGAACAGAAAUGUAAUCGUUGCGCUGCUUAUUGCUAGCUUAGUUGCUGGUCAAUCUGCUAGGGAAUUUUUUUGUGAAUUUAAAAGUGAUGGAGUGUUCGAAGAGAAUGUCGAAAAAAGUCUGUCACGACUAACUGACCACCCAUUCACCUAUUUCGUUGAUUGUGAAGAUGCCCUGAAGAAAGAAUUUACAAUGAGCGGCGUUUAUCGUAUCAAACCUGAAGCUUCGUUCAGACCGUUUCAAGUGUGGUGCGACAUGGAAACGGAAGGAGGUGGAAGGACUCUCAUUCAAGUCAGAUACGACGGAUUGACGGACUUUUUUAGAAACUGGGUGGAAUAUAGGAAUGGAUUUGGCAGCGUUGACAGUGACCAUUGGCUUGGGAAUAAUUUCAUUCACCAAUUGACAGAGAAUAACGACUAUCAGUUGAAAAUUGAAGUGACUGGUUUUCAAGAGAACGAAUUUGCUUUUGCCAAAUACUCUCCGUUUCGAAUUGGUACAGAGGACGAAAACUACAAACUCUCCGUUGGAAAUUUCACUAGUGAAGGACCAAUUAGUGACUCUCUUACGUAUCAUAAUGGAGCUAUGUUCACAACAAAAGACAAACAAAACGACAGUCACACAUCUAAUUGUGCUGAAAGGUAUAAAGGUGCUUGGUGGUAUCGUCAAUGUUAUCAAUCUAAUCUUAAUGGAAUUUGGAUGAGUAAAGCCCGUUCGCUUGCAACCAGUGGAUCAGAAUCGAAUGAGAAUGCUAUUGGAAUAAUUUUUAUGCGAACUUUUGGCGUAGUUAUGUACAGUUUGAAAAGCGUUGAAAUGAAAGUGCGAAGGAUGCGACGUGACGUUAACGUACAUGAUUUAAUUGGAGUCUAAAACUUAAAUAUCGCAUAAGCUUAGUAAAGGGCAAAAUUCUUCUUAGAAGAGGCGUCACCACAGGAUUUUUCAAUAUAAUUAGCCGUGACUUAUCAGGUGUUUCCCGAUAAGGCCUGGCCGACAUGGAUGAUGUUUUAUUGUUUUCCAUGGCAUACACAAAAUAAAACUCAAACUC